CUCGGAAAGAUGAAUGCCUAUUCAGCUCUUUGGUGUGCCGACAACACUUUCAAGUCAGCUUCAAUUACACAGCUUGACAGACACGGGCGCCAAAGACUUGGCUAAAAGAGAUUUUAACUGUGCCCCGUGCCAGCGCCAUCACCAUCACCAUCGACAACAACCACAACAACAACAUCAAGAGAAAUAACAAUAACAGCCGGUCUAAAAUGCGAAUCUUCCCAGCCACCGCGCUCAUUAUUUUCGCCAUGUUGCUAACAGCGGCGCCCACACUGGCCGAAAUACCUUCAAAGGGCAAACACACGCGCGUGGAGACGCAGCAGACGGCACAGGAAGAUGCGGACAUGCCGCGCUUCGCCGAACCCAUUGCCAAUGUCACCGUCUCCAUUGGACGCGAUGCCCUGCUCGCCUGCGUCGUCGAGAACCUAAAGGGCUACAAGGUAGCCUGGGUGCGUGUGGAUACGCAAACCAUAUUGUCCAUACACCACAAUGUUAUCUCCCAAAAUAAUCGCAUCAGUUUGACGUACAAUGAUCAUCGCUCCUGGUAUUUGCACAUCAAGGAGGUGGAGGAGACGGAUCGAGGUUGGUAUAUGUGCCAAGUAAAUACAGAUCCUAUGCGCUCAAGGAAGGGCUAUCUGCAGGUAGUGGUGCCUCCCAUGAUUGUCGAGGGCAUGACCAGCAACGACAUGGUCGUUCGUGAGGGUCAAAAUGUUUCACUGAUGUGCAAGGCCAGAGGCUAUCCCGAACCCUACGUCAUGUGGCGUCGCGAGGAUGGCGAGGAGAUGCUGAUUGGUGGCGAGCAUGUGAAUGUCGUCGAUGGCGAGCUCCUUCACAUCACCAAAGUAAGCCGCUUGCAUAUGGCGGCCUAUCUGUGCGUGGCGUCCAAUGGGGUGCCACCUUCCAUUAGCAAACGCGUCCAUUUGCGGGUGCAAUUUCCACCCAUGCUCUCCAUACCCAAUCAACUCGAAGGCGCCUAUUUGGGUCAAGAUGUCAUACUUGAGUGUCAUACGGAGGCCUAUCCGGCAUCGAUCAACUACUGGACAACCGAACGCGGCGACAUGAUUAUAUCGGACACUUCACGCGCCGGCGAUAAAUACGAGACCACAUCAACUGUCAGCGGUUAUACGAAAUACAUGAAGUUAAAAAUACGCUCUGUGGGGCCCAACGAUUUCGGCACCUAUCGCUGUGUGGCAAAAAACUCGCUGGGCGAAACCGAUGGCAACAUUAAGCUCGACGAAAUGCCCACACCUACAACUGCUAUAAUUUCGGAGAUGGCUAUGCUGAAUCGAAGCUAUGAUGGCAAGAGACGUCAUAGAAAUAAAUUUGACUCGGCUAACGCUUUGCCUGAUUACGGGGUUGAGGAGUGGCGUGACGGUGCACAAGGCAACAUGGGCAUGGGCCAAGCUGGCGAUAACAAUCAAACGCCCGUGCGUAAUCCGCCCGGAGCAUUUCACAAUUCUGCAGGCUCGCUGGCACAGCAUAAUCUACUUGGUAAAAUAAUGCGCGGCAUUAAAACGCAAUCAUUUGGGAUUUUCAAACGUUUAUCGAGUUAUUUGCCGGAGGCAACGGCAACAGCAAAGGCAACAGCACUAACAACAAUAGCAUCGUCAGGCUGCUGGUGGCGUAUGAGUAAUAUUAAAAACAGGCUCUAUACACCGGAGACUCUUGUCAGCACUAGGCUAAACAUAAAUAGCAGCUGGUGGAACAGUAACAACAACAGCAACACCAACACUAACUAUAUAACGUGGCCGCAACGCUCGCUACGAACAAUUCACAUUGCUCAUACGCCACAUGCGCCCGCAUCGGCAACAGCAUCAACAUCAUGUCUACUCAUUUGCAUAGUAAUAUUAGCAGAUAUUUUUGUUGCCGCGACUGUUAUGCCCAAGUUGUUGUUGUUGCUAUUGCAUUUUAUCGGGAAACACAUCGCAUUUUCUAUUAGGCGUCGCCGUCGACGUUUAACAUUUUCGACUAUUCCGGCUAAUAAUGUUGCGGCCUUGUUGGCGCAAAUUUAUGCCACAGCAACAACCAUAGCAGCAGCACACACUUACGCCACUACAACAAGGGCAACAAAAACGUCAGCAGCAAAAGCAGCAACAACAAAAAUAACGAGAAGCAUAACAGCAGCAGCAGCAGCAACAACAACAAGACCGAAAACAUUUGAUGUGCUUUGCUUUAAAAAGUUUUCAAGAUGAAAUCAAAUAAUUGCAAAAAACUCAUUUAGGGCACAACAACAACAGCAGAAGCAGAAGCAGCUACAACAGCAAACUGUUAGCAGUCGUAGAAAAUAAAAUCAAAUACACAGACACAUACACACAAAUGCUGACAGGCAGAGUGAGUGAGAGGCAACACAGAAAAUUGAAGAAGUCUAGCAGCUAGACACAAUACAUACACACGCAUAGAUAUGGAUAUAGAUAUGGAUAUGUUUGUACGCUGGAGCAUAAAAUGAAAAUCGUGUAAUCAUUGGCAACGGUUCUGAGUGACAGCUUAUUAAGAUAUCUCAUGAAGAAAAAGGCAAGGCCAAGACAUGAGCGAACUAUAAGCCAUUGUUAAUUGUCAAUCUUUGUUUAUACAACAUAUAGACGUAUGUACAAUAUCAAUACAUAUACUAUAACUUAAAAUACAAUGCUUACACGACUAAUGCCGUUUCUAUGUUUUCAUUACAACAGCAACAGAGAAUUUUAGUUUUUUAAAUUCGUGCAUUGUUUUCCCCCCCACUAUAAACUUCUUCCACCGCCCUCCCUCGAACACUAAAUUGUUUAUAUUUGUAAAUGUUCAAUUACAUCAAUUUAAAUAAAUUAAUGCCACAUUUCUCAUGCAAUCACCCACUUUCCAAAGCAAUGCCUACAGAUUAUGAAAAAAUAUUUGGCAUGCAAACAAUUAGUUUCCAAAUCAGCACAAAUAUGCAAAAAUUGGAAAUACGAGUAUACUCGUAUAGUAUGUGUGUCUAUAAAUUCAAAUCAAAUGGCCAGCAGCAAAUUUCUAUGCAAAACAGGUCACGGUGUAAAAAAAAGCCGUAAAUUAAAAUAAAUUCGUUAUAGAGGAAGCAAAAACUGUUAAUCAAAUUUGCAUUUAGAUGAAUGUACUUAUAUAAUA